AUGGAUCCCCCGACCGUCAUUGCCAUUAAACGGGCUUUUCUCGAACUUGCCACGCGUCAAUUGGCCCAGCCGCUCACACCAUCGCGCACCUGGCAAAGGAGAAACAACUCGAGAGGAACCAUACGUGGUCGCGAUGCAGUAGCUAUCGAAAACAGCACCGGUGACAUCGGAGACGGUGGAAGGCGCAUACCUCCCAAAGUUAUCGACGAGGUCCUUGUGCGCACCAACCAGUUACUGUUGCUUCACUCUCGCCGUGUGCACACCUCAACGGCUGUCCGCCACGUUGCCGAACAACUGGACCAGCUCUACCAGGCUACUAGCGACGACCUGUUGGCCCUACCAAACGAUGCUGGCAGUGAAUCUCUUGACCGAGGAUCGGACUACAUAGCCUGGGACGAUUCCCAUGAGGCUGACAGACUACCGCUCGAGGCCCGCCGGUAUACAGAGCAGGUGGUGCAGCUGCAGGCGCUUGCACGUCAUCGGGCAGAAACAGCAGCACGUUCUCGUAACGCGUGA